UCUGGAGCCCAGCACGCUGCACGUUUGUUUUGAUUUUGUCGGCGCAGAAAAACCCCUUGAAAUGGCCAAAACCAAGCGAAAUGUGAGGGCCAAGGCGAAGAGCGUGGUGGGGGCGGCCAAGCAGAAGGCGCAGGACAUGCAGGCGAAGCUGCGCCAGGAUCGGCUGCUCCACAAGACCCUCACGCCCAAAAAGACGACCACCAAAAAGGAAAAAUCCGAGGCCAAACACAAGAAGCUGCUCAAACGCUUCGCGGAGACGCGCAAGGAACGCAAGGAGGAGCAGGCACGGAAGAAUCGUGAGAAGACAAAGGUCAUUGGGGAUCUAAAGCCACUGCGGGAUGCACUGCCCUCGCUGCAGGACAUCUACUCACUGGUGAAAACGCGCUCAAAGGAUGCCGCCGAAAAGGCAGUGCUCACAGAACCAGAGGCGCCUCUGAGCGCCAACGAGAAAAUCCGGAAGAAGCGCACGGACAUGGUCAACCGGGUGAAGUCCUUCGAGAAGCUGAUUAAGGACAAGAACUUCAAGAAGAACCCCCGCGAAGUGGUUGCCUCGCACUUACGAAACAAGUACCAGGCGAUGGAAGAGGAUGACGAUGAAUAGAAGGACCAUUUCGUUUAGGCAUACUCGAAAGCCCUAUUUUAAAAAUCUUUUUUUAAGUAACUCUCUUAAAAUAUGAUACUAUUGUAUAUUGAACAAUAUGACCAUAAAAAAAAGUAAGAAAGUCCUUGAAUUCUCCACCUAUUAAGUGCCUCAAAAUAUCAAAAUAUAAAUAAAUAUUAUGUCCUUAACUUUAAGAAACAUCGGUAAUGUAUAUACAUGAUAUCAUAAGAAAUAUUACGGAAAUUAACCCUUUUAUUUCUCACCAAUUCAAAAAUAUGUUGAUAGAAAAUGGUAUAAAACAAAAUCUAAUCCCUGACCGCAAGAAAA